UUUAAGACCAGAGCAGAUACUUUUAAAAAGCAGACUAAAGUAGACUGAUACCUGUUAUUUCCUUCAUAUUGACAACUUGUAAUGAUUUUUUGACAAUUUUCUGCAUCAGCAACCAGAACAGAAAGCCUGGUCUGCAUGUUGGGUUUGAAUUUACAUCCUAAUGCACGUUUUAGUCAUUAAAGCCAUUAUUUCUAGUUUGAUCAUGACUGUAUUUCAUGUGCAUGCCUCCUGCUGUGCCCGUCAGGCUGCCGGAAGGGAAGAUAAAUAGACAGGAGGACACACAUUGGGUUUCUGCAGGGACCGACACGGCAGCAGCAGCAGCAGCAGCAGCAGCAGCACACACCCCUCAGCCGGUGAUGCAUCCCCGCAGCAAGGACACCGACAACUCCUCCUCAGAGUCGCCUCGACUUUAGGAUGGUGCAGAAAUCUCUCAACGGCGGGGUUUACCCAACUGAAGGCGGAGAGAAAAAGCACAAAGUCGGCUUUGUCGGCUUGGACCCCGGCGCUCCGGAAUCGACCAGGGACGGGGCGCUGCUCAUUGCGGGCUCGGAGAGCACCAAGCGGGGCGGCAUCCUCAGCAAACCCAGGUCCAGCAUCUCCUGCGGGAGACCCAGACCGUCGAAGAAAAAUGCCAGCUACCGGAAACUACAGAGUUUUCUCUACAACGCGCUGGAGAGACCGCGGGGAUGGGCGUUCGUCUACCACGCUUACGUCUUCUUCUUGGUCUUCUCCUGCCUUAUCCUGUCAGUGUUUGCCACCAUCAGAGAAUAUAAAGACAACUCAGAAAACGCUUUGUACAUCUUGGUAUGUGCCGCUUUGUGUUUUGACCCUUAGUUACAGAAACUUUCAAAGUCUAACUGCUGUAAAUACUGUGAAAAGCUGCUCCCUCCCUCACUUCUGAGUCUGUUCUCUAUUAUAGAAUGACAACUUAUGUCAUCUGAUCUCAUGGACACUCAGCAGGAAACCUAAAUAAGAAUAAGACUUGUAUCACUGAUGUAGUCACAC